AUUAUUGUUUUAUCUGUAUCUAUACUACUCUCUAUAUUAAGAGGGAGUUAAGGGAGCUACAGUAUCAAGUUUGCACAAUGUUUUGCAUGUUCGGUAAAUUCAGGCUUUCUCAGCUAAUGGUGACCGUUGGAUUAGCAUCUUAGAUCAUUGGAUUAGCAAGAACUCUUGGAUCUUUUUCACUUUCUGAAUCCCAGCUUCUCUUUAGCUUGUAUUUUUUUUUUUCACUCUCUCUCUCUCUCUCUACGAUACUGAAAUGACGAUCUGAAUGACGGUGAGACGAGAGCUCCACGACGAUGAUGUCGAAACCCUACCGGAUAUGGGUUUGCAAUUUGUAUCCGUACUCUCCAAGCCUACCAGAAAUAGGUCCAACCAGAUCGAUGGCGUCAAAUACUUGAUCGGUGACCUCUGCUUUGAAACCCUUGAUCUUCUACUGAAGCCCUUGGUCCUCCGUUGAAGCUUGUUCGAGAUUUCAUCCUAUUUUGUACCAGAUUGCUGCCGUUGAAACUGAGUCACGAUCAUCAAUAUCAGCUCUCGGUGUUCUUCAAUUGCUCUCAAUCACUACUUAGAUAACUGGGUUUGAAAGGUCCGUUGACUUUGUUUGCGGUUCAGAUUUUGACAUGUCAGAUUAACUCCCAACUCCAUCGAAGAGGAAGAGGAUCAGAAAGUCCACAACUCCAUCGCCACCAAAGCCAUCUGCAAAUCUGCUAAAAAGGUGUUAAGAAGUAAUGAAAGAGUGGAGAAGGCGGUAAUAGAUUGCAAAAAUGGCCUUAGCGGCGGUGGACCUUUUGAUUGGGAGGAUAGUUUCCGCACUUCAAAGCGAAGCAUCGUUGAUUGGAGGAGUUCGUGAUGAACUCAACCAACUCCAGCAGGAGUUAAAAAGCAUGAAAUCUUUUCUAGAGGAUGCCGAUAGAACGACGGCCCAGACAGAAGGAGAGAAGACCUGGGUGGACAAUGUUAGAGACUUGACCUACAAGGCUGAAAAUAUCAUAGACGAGUUCAUGUAUCACAUGAACAAACAAGAAGUUCAAGGUAAAUUCAGAAGGCUCCUCUGUCACAUAGUCUAUGCACCAAAGAAUCUGUGGGUAAGACAUCGAAUAGCCACACAGUUACAGGAGAUCAACAACACGAUCAAAGCCAUCCCAGAAAGAAACCAACGUUAUCGGGUCGAUCGUGUAGGAGGAGCAAACUCAGGCUCAGGCUCCGGCUCCCAUGAUCAUCAGGGACAGAAGCCAAACAACGCUGAGGACACUUUAUUUGUUAAAGAUGAUGAUCUAGUGGGGAUCGAAGAUGGAAAGCGACAACUACUGGGCUGGUUGAUGGACAAAGAACUACAGCGCACUGUUAUUUCUGUUGUCGGAAUGGGCGGUUCAGGCAAGACCACUCUAGUUGCCCAGGCCUAUAACAACCAAACUGUCAAGCAAUAUUUCCACUGCUAUGCAUGGAUAACCGUGUCUCAAACAUAUGUAGUUGAUGACUUACUUAGAAGCAUGAUUAAGGAAUUCUACUCUGCCACCGAGGAAGCAGUUCCAUUGGAUUUAAGUCGUAAGAGCCACAAAGAGUUGCUCGAGAUGAUUUCCAACUAUUUAAAAUCAAAAAGGUAUUUAGUUGUCUUGGAUGAUGUAUGGAGUCAAAACCUCUGGCAGCAUAUAAGUGUAUCACUUCCAGAUGAAGGAAAAGGAAGUCGGGUCAUCCUUACAACCCGAAAGGAAGACGUAGCUUCCUUCAACUUUGGGGUUAAACGUCAUGUUCAUCAUAUGAACCCUUUGGGUGUGAAAGACGCAUGGAAUCUCUUUUGUAAGAAAGCUUUUUCGAGCAACCGUAGUAGAUGUUGUCCUAAAGAGCUUGAAUCCUUGGCUCAUGACCUUGUUGCAAAAUGUGAAGGACUACCUCUUGCAAUUGCAGCUUUGGGUGGUGUCAUGUCCACCAAACAUAUGGAAUUGGAUUGGAGAAAAGCUUAUAAUAGCUUGAGCUGGGAGUUGGGCAAUAAUCCUGAGCUAGAAGCAGUGAAAACUAUCUUGUUGUAUAGCUUUAAUGAGUUGCCAUACCAACUAAAGCAUUGCUUCUUAUAUUGUUGCCUUUUCCCAGAAGAUUAUCGGAUUCGACGGAAGAGGCUUAUUAGACUUUGGAUGGCAGAAGGAUUCGUAGAAAAGAGAAAGGGGUUAACAGUAGAGGAAGUAGCAGAUAGCUACCUUAUGGAUCUAGUUUGCCGAAGCAUGCUUCAAGUCAUAAAGAGGAACCCAUCAGGUAGGCCGAAAGAAUGUAAGAUGCACGAUCUUGUGCGAGAAAUUGCCCUUUCCACAUCAGAAACUGAGAAGUUUUGUGUUGUAUAUGAUGGCAAAGAAGCUAAGGAAGAAAGUGGAACCGGAGCACGUCGCUUAUCGAUUCAAACAAAUGGUGGAGAAUUGCAAUCAUGGAAGGGCAUGUUGCAACAGCUUCGGUCUCUUCUUGUAUUUUCUGAAGAUGAGAUAUCAUUGCCACGAGGCUUACGACUAUUAAAAGUCCUCGAUCUGCAGGAUGUACCAAUCGAAAAAUUACCAAAUGAGCUUGUGGAUCUUUUCAAUUUAAGGUACUUGAACUUGAAAAGAACAAAGGUGAAGGAACUUCCAAAAUCCAUUGGAAGACUUUGCAACCUCGAAACUUUAGACAUUAGGGAUUCCAAAAUACAAGUUCUCCCAACUGGAAUCACAAAGUUGAAGAAAUUGCGGCAUCUAAUUAUGUACCGCUAUAACCAUGGAGGUGGCAAUCAGUUUGAAUAUGUUUAUGGUACAGCAGCACCAGCUAAUAUUUGCAAGCUAACAAACUUGCAAGUUUUGGCAUGCGUAGAAGCAGAAUCAGACUUGAUGAAGCGACUAAGGAACAUGACGCAGCUCAAGAGGAUUGACAUUACAAAGCUGAGAGAAGCAGAUGAGGUGGAUUUGUGUAUUGCAAUCCAAAAAAUGAAUCUCCUUCAUUACUUAUGUGUGAUGAUGAGUGAUGAGAAUGAAUGCCUCCGAAUGGAUAAACUCUCCUCCGCUCCUCCCUAUCUCAAGACCCUCAUUUUAGUUGGAAAAUUGGAGAAAGUUCCCCGUUGGUUUGACUCACUUCAAAAUCUCACGAAUUUGUAUUUGCAUUGGUCCAGACUGGAAGAAGACCUUCUUCCUUGCAUCCAAGAACUUCCCAGUUUGGGAAAAUUGACUCUUAUUAAUGCAUGUGAAGGAAGACAACAGCUAUGCUUUAGUACUGGGUUCCCUAAACUUAGGAAUUUGCGUUUGCGGAACUUCCCCCAGUUAAAUGAGAUUAUUAUAGAAAAGGGGGUGAUGCCAGCUCUCCAGGAAUUUUUGAUUUCGGAAUGCAUGCAGUUGAAGAUGUUGCCUCAUGGUAUCGAGUAUCUCAAAUAUCUCCAAAAAUUGACUUUGCUUUUUGUUACAAAUGAACUCCAAGAACAAAUACGUGGAGAAGAGAGCGAGGAACACCCACAGGUUGGACACAUACCAUGCAUCAACAUUAUGUGGCAGUCACCAGAAGGGAUCAAAUUUGAAAGAUUGUUUAAUUCUAAAGGUCUCCAGCUUGCUAAGAUUAUGAAGAAAUAAACAUUGUGACCAGUUUACUUGGUUCCCAAAAAGAGAAGCUCUCCCCCACUUUGCUCUUUUAGUCUUUGGAGUGAUAUUAUUAAUAGUAAUCCAGUUUUCUGGCUGUGUUUGUGUGUGUGCGCGCGUGCGUGCGAUGUGUUGUGCUAUUAAACAAGUUCUAUCCAGGACAAGACAUGGUGAAUGUUUUAUCUUUGUAAUUUCAGCUUUGUGAGAUGAAGAUUUCCUUAGACAUCUCUUCAAUAUGCGUGUAUAUGUAUUUGUUGUUGUGGUGGUUGCCUUCUUUA